AUGGAACUCAUUUCUGAAUCAUAAAUUCCGGGGACUAAGUAAAUGGAAAAAGCGUCUGAAAAUGUUUUGGAGUACAUUCUUCACAUACUUGCGCUUUCGUCCCACACUUUGGUGAAAGUUGGUCACAAAUAGAAUCGGGAAACGAAUGCAAUAUCAUAUUUUUCCAUUUUUCGAGCGGGAACCUGACGGUGAACAUUUUUGAUUAAUCUGCCAGUAUAUUUAUACUAUUAUUAAGCUACUUUGUUUUAUUACUGACUAUAAUUCACUAUAUAUUUUAGCAUUUUGGUGAAAUAACCAAACACGAUAUGGACAAGGAAAUACCACAACUUAUUUUGUCUUAUGCUACCCGGAUAAAUGCAGAGCAAGCUGUCAUGCGUGGGAAACUUUUUAAAGAUAAGCGUUUACAGAUAUCCUGGGCACCGGUCGUAUCUUCAACGGCGGCUAAUCCGGGAGCUUUUAUUACUGAUAAAUCAGCUAAUCAAGAUGCAAAGUCGAAUACUUUGGAACCUAUCAAAUUGGUCACAUCACCCAACACUAGUGAUAAACAUAUUAAUGAUUCGGAAAUUACUGGGGAAACAUUACCUGAACUCCGUCUUGAGGACGAAGAGGAAGAUGAGGAGUCUGAGGAUCGAUCCUGGCGACGCUGAUCGCGGAAAACCGCUGAGUCUAUAGUUUGAUGUUGCUUUAGUGUUUAUAUUAGUUAAAACAGUGUCAUAUGACGACCUCAGCAUAACGGAAAUAAGUAAAUAGAAAAUUUAGCACAUGAUAAUUAAUUUGAAUCUGAAUCAUGGUUAUAACCAAUAUAAUUAAAUUUCUCACAUAAAUUCCGAUUUAUUUAACGCAUAUCGCGGCGCGGCGUCGAAUAUUUGCGAUAUUAUUCUUUACCUUUAAUUAUUUACAGAGAUUCUGUAUCUAGUUGUUUGCAAACACAUAUCCGCUUUGAUACGAGGUAUGUUAACAACAAGAUUCGUUUAGUACUAAAAUGAUAAAUAAAAUUAUAAUCAAGUCAAAGGCAUAAAAGCAAAAAGUCCAUAAAUGUAUAAAAGAGUUUAUGAAUACCGCGGUUACCUAUACGAUUCAUCUACAAUAUAACAAAAUGUAAUACAUAUUCAAGUUGUAGGUAGCGAGUCAUAUUCUUAUAUACAUAUAAUUAUACAUAUAUUUACAGAUUUGAGUAUGCGAUAGUGAUAGGAUUAUAAAAGACCUGCAAUUCUACUCAAUUAAAUUAAUGCUAUCCACCACUCACAGCCGUUGUAUGAAUUAACCUUUGUAUUGUUACUAAAUUCCUUGUAAUUUACUAUUUUUUCAUGCAAUUUGAUUAGUUAAGAGUUUCAUGUUGAAUCAAUCCUAAACAAGCAAUCUUAAAGAACUUUACUGUAACAAAUAAAAAGAUGAUGGCAUCUUUUAUAUACAUACAUAUUAUUAAUAAAUAAAUAAAUAAUGGUAUAGCAUUCGCUAAUAGUUUCACA